CACAGGUAUAAGUCAUGGACAGUAAUUUUUGUUUAUUGCCAGUGACCUGUUCUUGACUUUUACUAAAAAUACCCAUGAGUAAACCAUAGCCUUUGACAUAAUUGAUCUGUGAGGAUCCUCACCCAGCAGAUGGUCCAGUUCAGCCCUUUGACCGGUGCUGGGGGAGUAGACAACGCAGUAGGUGUUCCUGGAGUCUCUGAAGCUCUGCUCUGGGCGCUAUUCUCUUGCCUGGCCCUGCGAGCAGCCUGGGCCAGCAGUUCCUGGGGCGAGCUGACCUCCAAGAGGUGCUGCUCUGCUGCUGGGCUUCUGCUUCCAGGACCAGCGCUCAUGCCCACUGUAUGGGAUCUACAGCUCUGACGCUCAAGCCCAAGCACAGCCAUGAACUGCAGCAGCGCAGCUCCAGCCUUGCAGGAGUGGGGAUAGGCCACAGGCACCUGCGAGGGAAUGACCUCAGCACUAACUUGGCUUCUGUGGCUUCGACACAUCACUGUUUCACGCCUCUGCAGGCUGCUGCAUGCAUCAGUCUCUGGCUUCCCAGGCCUGUUCCUAAUGGACUCUUGCCUUUUCUUUUGAUAGUCCUGGUUUCCAUGCCACAGGGAGCCUGCAGCGGGGCCAGGUACCGGGGCUGCAUGUGCAUAGGCAGCAGACAGCUUGACCCUUUAGAUGGGCUCGUCAACAAGUAGGCUGUAAGAUGAGACGCUAACUUGUGCCAAAAGUGGGAGGCUGGAGGGCAGGGCAGCUCUAUUACAGCACCUCAUGGCAAAUAGCAUGAGCUGGAUGUCCCCAAAAUAGCCAGCAGGCGGCUAUAUAACGGGGGCUGCUGGGGGAGCCCUUCAGCCCUGAGCAGGGAGUCUGGCACCGAGCUCGGCGGGGACUGGGAGCGCCCAGCUUCCUCGCUGCUCUAGAGGGUGGCUGCUUGCGGCUGCCAGGAGAGGCCCCUGCAGAACUAGCGGCUCCGGCACACUUUGGUCGAAGGAGGAAGUGACCAGAACAGGGGAGAAGAGUGCGCAGUGCUCUGACACAGAGUGGGGGGGUCCGUGCUGCCCCCCGCACCUGCUCACCCAGGCUGUCACAGUCUCACUGUGUCUCUGCCCUUGUGCCGUCUCACCGGCUUCACAAGGUGCCCACCAGUAUGAAAUACUAUGACCCGGCCUCACUGCCCCAGUACCGCGGGUGCUCCCAGCGCCCCAAGCCUGCACGGACGGUGCGCUUCCCCAACGACAUUGUCUUCCAGGACAACAUCAGACUGGGGGACCUGGAGCAGGUGGGCAGGUUUAUCCGAGCCAGGAAGGUCACCUUGAGUACCCUCUACCCCUCCGGCAUGGCAGCCCUCCAUGAAGCCGUGCUCUCCGGGAACCUCGACUGUGUCAAACUGCUGGUGCGAUACGGCGCGGAUAUACACCAGAAGGAUGAGAAUGGCUGGACCCCCCUGCAUGUGGCCUGCAGCGAUGGCCACACCCACAUAGCCAGGUACCUCAUCUCUUUAGGGGCCAGGCUUGAUGCCACCAGUGACGAAGGGGAGAAGCCAUCUGACCUCAUUGACGCUGACUCCAAGGACCUUGUGGAGCUCUUUAAAGCUGCCAGGAUGGACUGAGGAGUCUCUUCCUGGCGUGGGGCUCCUGUCACUCGGACUCUCCAGCAGCGGAGGUGGGGAGGCGUGGGCGUCAGUCCUGGAGGCUGCUGAUCAGGGCAGUUGGGACGUCUAGGGAAAGCAGAGAGUUUUGCUGUAACGUGUGCGUAGCAGAGCCUAGAGACAGAGAGAGUUCACCCAAUAACUGUACUGCAGGACCCCUGGAUCGCCAGGUGCACCAUGGGGAGAAACUGACCCUUCUCCACUGCUCUCAGCUCCACCGCAGAGCCAGUGUCCAUCUUCAGCUAAAACUGGAUUGGCCAAAAGGGCAGUGGCUGGACGCACUGGUUCUGGCUGGCGCUGGUGUGUGGUCACUGAAGCAGCGGGGGUGAGCUGGCACUGGGUGGGCUCUGCUGUGUGGAAGGGGUGUGCUGUAGGGCCCAGCUGGCGCUGUCUCCCUGGAAGCAUUAAAGCUGUUUCUUUGAGCUGCAGCUCCUCAGAAUAACCCUUGUCCAUCCAGGGGCAGAGAGAGAGAAGGUUAGCCCAGCUCUCAAGGGGGCAUGUGAUGCUGUACAGAUUAGAUAUCUUGUCAUAAUGUCAGUGUUAAAAGACCUAUUUUGGAGUGAGCUUAUAGCUUUGCUUUUCUACCAUAGCGUCCAAUGACCUGGUGGCUAGGUUCUUUUUGUUACUUUGAAAAUACUUUUUACUUUUUCAAUAAACUGAUUUCCGGA